AUGGAUAAAUUUAAAGAGUCUACUGAUAAUGAGAAAAAUAAAACAAAUGAAGUAAAGUCAUUAUCUAAAGAUUUUUUUAAUCAAGAACCAAAAUUUUUAAAUGAAAUGAAAAAUGAAGAAAGUUCAGAAAAAAAUGCAUUAACUAUUCAGAAUACUGCAUCUUAUUCGAAUGAGCAAAAAGAAAAUAUCCAAAAUAAUUUUAAUUUUCCAAAAAGUAAUACGGAAAUUUUAAAAAAAAUAGAAAAUAAUUCAAAUGACAAAUUAAAGAAUAACAUAGAAAAAAGUGAUCUGCAAAAAAAUCAUAUUGGAAAUAGUUUAGAAAAUAAAUUUAACUUUGGUAGUUCUUUAAAAAUUAGAAAAUCUUUAACAGAACAGUUAUGUGAGGAAAUAUCAAUGAAAUUAGGGAAAAUUUUUUUAUGUAAAUCAUAUUUGGAAACAUUCAUUUAUGAAAAAAAUCCAUAUGUAAUGAAUUUUAUUUAUCAAAGAGAUGAUAUGAGUGAAUCUAAAAAUCGUGUUCUAAAUUCAUUGCUCUUAAGCUCUUUUUCUAAUUUAGUAUGGAGCAAUAAUAUAUAUAAACACGAAUAUUUAUUAUCAAAAGAAAUUUUAAGUAAAUAUAUAAAAGCAUUAGAAAAAAAUCCAGAUAAAACAAAUUGUUGCAUAAUCCCAAUUUUUAGUUUAGAUAAAAUAAAAGAAGUUUUGAAUGAUCAAGAAAAAAAUAUAAGAAUUCUUAAAAAAAAAAAAUUAACUAUAAAAAAAAACAAUGAGAAUCUCUUAUUCAUUUUAAAUAUUAUAAAAAAUAAUUUUGAUGAAAUUAAAAUGAAAGCACAGAGAAUUAUUCAGAGAUUGUUAUUCAGAUUAGAUAUAUUAGACAAACUAUUUAUACUAAAAAAUAACUCCGUUUUUUUUUCCAACAAAUAUGAAUAUAAUAAAAUUAAAUUAAUAGAAAUUUUGGAUUUUUUCAAUUCUUUUAAUAUAGAUAAUAAACUUCAAAAAAUUAACAAAAACAUAACAGAAAUAGUAAAAGAAAAAAAAAAUUUUCAAAAGUUUAUUUAUUGUGAUAAUGAAUUUUCUAAUUCUCUGAAAAAUAAUAUUGCUAAAAAUGAACAGGACAUAAUUGAGCUUAAAAGCACAACGUCUGAAAUAUGUAUUAAUUUAGAAGAGAACAAAGAACAUUUAUAUCAUUUAAAUCAUUUAAAUGUAUUUGAAGGAGAGGAAAAUUAUGAAAUAUUAUGA